CCCUUGCCUCAUUAAAAGCAGUCUGAGCAAGCCGGAGGGCGAGCACACACACACACGUACGCAACCCGCAGACACACACGCUUGCAUUCCUGGUUCAGCUUCAUUCAAAUGAGAUGAUUUAACUGCUCGGGUUAACACAGCACAGAGCGGGACCCAUGUACUUUCUCAGGCAGGACAAAUCGGCUUGGUUAACAGGUGGGACUUUUUGCUCAUUUAAUUUUCUCCGUCUUCUGUCCUCCAACUUCCAGCUACUAAGCCACAUAUUUUAACAAGGUUAUGAGGACGGCAGGAUGGAGUUCCCAGACCACAGCAGACAUUUGCUCCAGUGUCUGAGCGAGCAGCGGCACCAGGGCUUCCUGUGUGACUCUACGGUGCUGGUGGGCGAUGCCCAGUUCCGUGCCCACCGCGCCGUGCUGGCCUCCUGCAGCAUGUACUUCCACCUGUUCUACAAGGACCAGCUGGACAAGAGAGACGUGGUGCACCUCAACAGCGACAUUGUGACGGCACCAGCCUUCUCCCUGCUCCUGGAGUUCAUGUAUGAAGGCAAGCUCCAGUUCCAGGACCUUCCCGUGGAGGACGUGCUGGCGGCGGCCAGCUACUUGCACAUGUAUGACAUUGUGAAGGUGUGUAAGAAACGCUUGAAGCAAAAGGCCACGGCGGAGGCGGAUAGCACGCGCAGAGAGGACGACGGCGGGUCCAGCUGCUCCGACAAGGCUGACAGUUUAUCCGAUGGUUCAACAGGACGGCCUGCUACUGCCGAUCUGCUACACAGUGAUGAAGAGGAGGAGGGGAAGGCCGAGGGAAGUCAGCUGUGGCUAAGGUUGCCAUCGGCGGACAGACCAGGGACGCCGCGCGGUGCCGCAACCAGUCCAGGGCACGGGGAGGCGGAGACCCAGCCAGGUGAAGGCCUGGGGGAGGUAGGGAAGGUGCUCUCUCCAGCCGGCAGCCCCAGCAGCUCCACUGGAUCUCUCUCCCAGAGAUCCCACCGCUCAAUAGGCUCACGAGCCGGGCACAGAGGCAGGAGGGUGUCGAACGACGCGGCCGACUGCGUCCUGGACCUGUCAGUGAAACCGAGUGCCGUUAGCAACCACCAUCCAUCCUACUUCAGUGGCGCAGCUACACCGGACAGCCUGCAGAGCCCUCUGGCUGUGAGGGUGAAGGUGGAGAGAGGUGUAGCUUCAGAUGAAGAAGAGGAAUUAGCAGGUGGUGACUACGACAUGGAGCACAGCGGCCUCAGUAAAACCCAGGUUCCCAGUGCCAAUGGAGUCCUGACCCACCGUGGGGUGGGAGGGCCUCUCUCGGCCCAGCGGAGGCUCGGGCUGGAGGCUCACCUGUCUGCUCUGCGAGAGGCGUCUCUGGCUUCAGAGCUGGAGCGUGAUGAGAAACCUCCAGCCUCGGCAGAUGACGAGGACCUCCUUGGGGGAGAAAACGAACGUGCCCAGGCCGAGGCGGCCAGCAUGGAUACCUCUCUGCUGCCUUACGUGUCCAACAUGCUGUCGGCCCAACACACCCAGAUCUUCAUGUGCCCGCUGUGCAACAAGGUCUUCCCCUCCCCUCACAUCCUCCAGCUCCACCUCAGCUCCCACUUCAGGGAGCAGGAGGGCAUCCGCUCCAAGCCCGCCGGAGACGUCAACGUGCCCACCUGCACCAUCUGCAGCAAGACCUUCUCCUGCAUGUACACACUAAAGCGCCACGAGCGGACACACUCCGGCGAGAAGCCCUACACUUGCACCACCUGCGGCAAGAGCUUCCAGUACUCGCACAACCUCAGCCGCCACGCGGUGGUGCACACGCGCGAGAAGCCGCACGCCUGCAAGUGGUGCGAGCGGCGCUUCACGCAGUCCGGGGACCUCUACCGACACAUCCGCAAGUUCCAUUGCGAACUGGUCAACUCGCUGUCAGUGAAGAGCGAGCCGCUGGCGCUGCCCAACGUCAGGGAUUGGGCGAUCGAGGACAGCUCCCAGGAAUUAUGGAAGUAGAAUCAGACCGUGGGGUUUGAGAAAAAAGGAACAAGAAGGGCAGAGAGGCUUGGGGAGGUGAAAGUUUGUUCAUUAGUCUGGGUUUAAGUGAGUCAUGUUCUUGUUUGUUGCGACAUCUCAUUCAACCGCACUUUAAUAGCACAUGAAAAUGUUACUACUGACUUAUUUUAUUGUCUAUUGGGGGUAAUGUUUUAUUUUAUUUUAAAGUCCUGUUAUAAUUUGUCGUUAGUUCUCUUCUGUUGGUAAUUGUUGUUGCUUCUGAGGACACGGGUCCCUCUGUGAGUGACUUGUUUUUUAUUUUUUUUUUAUUUAGUCAUUUUUGAAGGAGUCUUCUUCGUCUGUCUGUGUUUCACCCCAGAGACAACACUCCCAUCGCCGGCUCCAGUUCCACUGCAGGAGUUCAUGUUGAACACACUGAAGUGAAAAAGCAAAACAAUACACUAAAAAAAACGGGUACUGUGAGGCCACCGCAUGCACCGUCUGAAUACGUACGCGCGUGUGCAUUCGAUUCUGCACUACUCUGGCAAAAACAAGCAAACAAAAGAAAGGAAAAAAACCUAUCAUGUGUGAGCGUGCUUGAGUGCGUUUUGUGUGCAUUAAAUUUGAUUUUCCUCCUGGCAUGAAGGUGUCGUUGGCGAGCGCUCCCCACUUCUCUCGUUAAGCUCUUUGGUGUUGUGUUGGUGUGUUCAGGGGAAAGCUGACUGAUUAACUGAUGGCACUCAUGCAAUGCACAGCCUCCUUUUUUCACUUCCAAUCAAUCUGAAGUAUUUUCUAAAAAUGAGAAGACCUUUACAAAUAUUAUUAUUAUUAUUGUUUUUCUUGAAUCUAGCUGGCAGUCUUUAAAACAUCUCUUGUUGUAAAGGUAUUUAAUUUAAGUUUGUUGUAUAUUGUUCUGUUAUAGUUUAAAGACUUUAAUCCCUUAUGUUUUUUUUUAACUUAAUGAUUAUUAUUAUUAUUUUUUUUUUGUAACUUUUUUUGUAAUGGGACCUGCUGUUGUUGCAUGAUGUCCAAACCUGUAUAUUUUAAAAUGAAAAUGUGAAUCUGCUGUAUUACUGUACACAUUGUAAUUGAUCAAAUAUUUGACAACAGGCUUUUUUUGUUUUUCCUUUUCUUUGUGAAUACUACUCCAGGGUUCAGUCUGUUUUUAAAGAGAAAAACUGAAUAUUACUCUCUGCUUUGAGGGGUAAAAAUGCAUGAAGAUUUGAUUUUUGGAUUCAUCUUAACGUUUAGGUUGUUAAUGCAUUGGAACGGGGCGGGGGGUGUUUGGACAGUAAAUUUGUUGGUGAAAAGUUUUUUUUUUUAUACGCUCGUAGUAGGUCUGUCGCUGGGCUCCUGGAGGAACGUUAGAGACGCGACACAAUGAAGCAUUUUAAGCCUGUCUUUUAUGCACUGAUUUCUCUGCUGUGUGUUUGUGUGUGUGUGUGUGUGUGCGCGCGCGCGCGUUUGUGAACGUAUGACUCGGCCUAUACCGGUCGAUUGAACCGUCUGAAGCUCUACGUCCACCCAGCACUUCGUCCUCCUCAGGCAUUAAAUGUCCCCACUGCUUUGCGUUUCUCCUGUUUAGUAUCCUUCAGCUCCUGGUCAAGCCAUUUCUUAUUUUAUCUCCGCAGAUUCGACCUCUGUUUUUGGGGAAGGUCUAAUGAAGCGGCUUGGCUGAGAUGUGAAGGAUAGAUGGAGAAGAAAAGGAGGUUAAGCUCAAGCCCCUCCUGCUUUAAAGUUCAAGGGUCAGAUAUCUCUGUCACGCUGUUGCUUUUUAGGCUGAUGUUGCCCAUCUCAGUGCAGCGGAUCCAAUGAGGUAUCUGAGAUUCUUUCCUUUAAAGGAGAUGGGAGAGAAUUGGCCUAAAUCAGGGGUCAGCAACCUUUAUAAUCCAAAGAGCCAUUUUUGUCCUCUCAUAAAAUAAAAAAUGUUGACAGAAAAUUUGUGUAUUUUAUGGUUAAAGGACCAUAAAUCUACUUCUUAUUUUGGUUUCAAAACAAAGAAAAACUAACUUUUAGAGAGAGAAUGAAUAAUUUUUCCUGAUAGGAAUCUUUCAUAUUUUUGAAGCUAGAAAAUAACAAGGUUUGCUCCCAAAUCAUUUGUAAAAAAAAAAAAAAAGAAUUUGUACCGUUAGUGUCAUUCUGUUACGGAAAUAUGACAAUAUUACACGAAGACAAAAUGAGAACAAAAUGCAAAAUCUGCUCUCUAUGUAAAACCGCUGCUCAGUGUUAGCGCGCUUUUUCCAAUGUUGCAGAGAGCUGCAGGUUGCAGACCCCUGCCCUAAAUCAAAGCACCUUUUUAGGCUAAAAUGCAUAAAAACCUAAUUUUGCUGAAAAGAUGCCUUUAUACAACUAACAUUUCUAAAGCUGUGGAAGUAUCUGAUACUGUAAAGCAUUUAGAAAUGAUUGCUGGAAAUCAUGUAAAUCUAUUGAAUUUAACAGACAAAUAUUGUCUCACUAUAUUUUGAUGAAAUAUUUGGAUUUGGGUUUUUUUUUUGUGUGAUUGUUGUGUUUGAGUUGGGGCUACAUCAGUUUAACAAUUGCUCUUUAAAAGAUGGUCAAGCGUUUGUACAAUCCAAAAACCAUUUGGCAGCGAUGCAGGCGCGCCAACAUUUCCUCCUCCUCUCUCAGAUGCAUGCGUGUGUGUGUGUAUGUGUGUGCGCGUGUGUCAUCUGCACCUGCAGGCUUUGCCAACGCAACAGUGUGGGUAACAUUGCAGCAGUUUGCACCACAUCUUCUCAUUUUUUUUUGGGGGGGGGGGGUCUUUAAAUGUUAUCUCUUCACUGGCGGCGUCUCUGCAUAUGGGCUCCUUCCAUCCUGCUGUUGUUUUCAUCACUGCUGCUGCUUUUCUUUUUUUUUCUUUUUAAUGUUUUGUUCCUCUGGUUGUGCUUGACCACCUUAAACUGCUGUAGUCCAGGCUAAGUUUUAUUUAAAACUAUUUCUGUUGAAGUGUGAGUUUGGAGAUGAGGGACUGGCGCUAUGUGAGGUGACCGCCCUGACAUGACAUCUCCAUCUUUUGCUGUGCUUACUUGAAAGGGGUGGGUGUAAAAGGUUCAAAAAUGAAAAAAAAAAAAGUCAGUUUAUAGGAAGUCAUGAAGGGUUAAGGGGUGGAGGGGGACAUAUAAUGACUGAAUCUGUUUUGGAAAAGGACAAUCAAUGUCUGGAGAAAAACAACAAAAAAAACUGCAGAUUUUUGAUUGAGAUAUAUUUGCUCCCUGAUGAGAUUACAAUAUUUCUUUGCUUUUCUUUUGAGGUUCUGUUUCCAAUUUUAGUCAUUUUUAGCUUUGACAAUCAUAGCUGGGUUUGUUUUCUUUUUCUCAAGGGGAGUAAAUUCUAAUUGUUUAGUUUUGUAAUUUUUGGUGUGCUGUUGUCGACAUUUUUAAAAUUGUGUGCAAAACUGCAAUAAAUUAUAAGAAUCCUGAACUCCA